GCCCGUCGAUGGCGGCCCCAGCGGGCCCUGCCGUGGCCGCCUGCGGGCCGUGCCGUUGUUAGGAGUGGCAGACGGGCUGCGCGUUCGCCCCUUCGCCCAUCCGCCUCGGCGGUCGGCGGCCCCUCCGCCGACAUGUCGUUGGCCAUGGAGGAGGAGGAGUACGCCCGACUGGUGAUGGAGUCGGAGCCCGAGUGGCUGCGGAGCGAGAUCAAGCGUCUCUUCCAGGAGCUGGGCGAGACCACCCGGGAGAAGAUCCAGGCGGCGGAGUACGGGCUGGCAGUGCUGGAGGAGAAGCAGCAGCUGAAACAGCAGUAUGAGGAGCUGGAGCUGGAGUACGAGACCAUCCGCACCGAGAUGGAGCAGCUGAAGGAGGCUUUUGGACAGGCCCAUACCAACCACAAGAAGGUAGCAGCAGAUGGAGAGAGCAGAGAGGAAACCUUGAUUCAAGAGUCAGCUACCAAAGAAGAAUACUACAUGAAGAAGGUUAUGGAGUUGCAAACAGAACUGAAGCAGAUAAGAAAUGUCCUUACCAACACACAGUCUGAAAACGAUCGCCUUAAUUCUGUUGCACAGGAACUGAAGGAGGUCAACCAGAAUGUGGAGAUCCAAAGGGCCCGGCUGCGAGAUGAUAUUAAGGAAUAUAAAUUCCGAGAAGCACGUUUGCUGCAAGACUAUACUGAACUUGAAGAGGAAAACAUCUGUCUCCAGAAACAAGUGUCUGUCCUGAAGCAAAGCCAGGUGGAGUUUGAAGGCUUGAAACAUGAAAUCAAAAGGCUGGAAGAGGAAACUGAGUUUCUCAAUAGCCAGCUAGAAGAUGCCAUCCGGCUGAAGGAGAUCUCUGAACGCCAGCUUGAGGAGGCCUUGGAGACACUGAAGACAGAACGGGAGCAGAAGAACAACCUUCGGAAGGAGCUGUCUCACUACAUGAACAUCAAUGAUUCCAUGUACAACAGCCACUUAAACAUCUCUUUGGAUGGGCUGAAGUUCAGUGAUGAAGCCACAGAGCCCAAUAAUGAUGAAAUCAUUAAUGGAUUUGAGCAAAACUGUCUCAGCAAACUCAGCAAUGGCAAGAACAGUACUUCAACACCCAAGAAAAAUGAAAGCUUCCCUCCAGCCCCCAGUCUGGUUUCAGAUCUUCUGAGUGAAUUAAACAUUUCUGAAAUCCAGAAGCUGAAACAGCAGCUUGUGCAGAUGGAAAGAGAAAAGGUUAACUUGUUAACAACACUGCAGGAAUCUCAGAAGCAGCUGGAAAAUACACGGGGGGCCCUCUCAGAGCAGCAUGAGAAAAUUGGCAGGCUCACUGAAAAUCUGAACGCCAUGAAGAAGCUCCAGGCCAGUAAGGAGCGUCAGUCAGCCCUUGACAAUGAAAAGGACCGAGAUAGCCAUGAGGAUGGAGACUAUUAUGAAGUUGACAUCAAUGGGCCAGAGAUCCUGGAGUGCAAGUACAAAGUGGCUGUGGCGGAAAUUACUGACCUGAAAGAAGAACUCAAAAAUUUGAAGGCAAAAUACGAAGAAUGUGAAUCGAAGUAUGAGGAAGAGAAGAGUAGAUACGAGACUGAGAGCCAAGCUCUCACUGAAAAGAUCACCUCACUGGAAAAGUCCAGUAGGCAUGAUAGAGAACAGAUGGCCAGGCUGGAGAAGGAGCUGAAGAAAGUCAGUGAUGUUGCUGGAGAAACACAGGGCAGCCUCAGCGUGGCCCAAGAUGAACUAGUUACCUUCAGUGAAGAGCUGGCCAAUUUGUACCACCACGUCUGCAUGUGCAACAAUGAAACUCCAAACAGAGUGAUGCUGGACUACUACAAGGAAGGUAAAGGUGGACGCAGUAGUCCAGAGACCAAGGGAAGAAGGUCUCCCGUUCUUCUUUCUAAAGGGCUGUUAACUAUUGAGCUGGGAAAGGCAGAGAAUGGAAGUGGUGACAGCAGCCCAUCCCUGGCGUCAUCUCUGCCAUCCCCUGUGUCAGAUCCUCGGAGGGAACCGAUGAACAUUUACAACUUGAUUGCAAUAAUUCGGGAUCAGAUCAAACACCUGCAAGCUGCUGUGGACAGAACAACCGAGCUGUCCAGGCAGCGCGUUGCUACUCAGGAACUUGGGCCAGUGGUGGAUAAAGACAAGGAAGCUCUCAUGGAAGAAAUCCUGAAGCUGAAGUCCUUGCUGAGCACCAAGAGGGAACAGAUAGCAACUCUGAGAACUGUGCUGAAAGCCAACAAACAGACUGCAGAAGUAGCCCUUGCCAACUUAAAAAGCAAGUAUGAGAAUGAGAAGGCAAUGGUUACGGAGACCAUGAUGAAGCUGCGAAAUGAGCUGAAGGCUUUGAAAGAAGAUGCUGCCACCUUCUCUUCCCUUAGAGCUAUGUUUGCUACAAGAUGCGAUGAAUAUGUCACACAGCUGGAUGAAAUGCAGCGGCAACUUGCAGCAGCUGAGGAUGAGAAGAAGACUCUGAACUCCUUGCUUCGGAUGGCUAUCCAACAGAAACUGGCCUUGACUCAGCGCCUGGAACAUUUGGAACUGGACCAUGAGCAGUCCAAAAGGGUGCGCACAAAGUCUGCCUCCAAAGCCAAGGGCAGUAAUCCCAGUGUAAGUCACAUUCGGUCCUGUGGAGACAGGUCUGAAGGAUCUGUCCUGAACAACCAGCUGUAGAGUAGUCCCUGGAGAAGGCCCUUCCAACAGUGCAACAGCAUUUCUUAGCCCUCCUGACUCUGGUUCAAAGUGGUAGCCCAUUGCACACAGAAUGGAAACCACUGACCUGAUCCUAACUUUUGAAAACACCUUUUCCUAUAUACUACCUGAAACCUUCCCUUUCUGUCUGAAGCUAUAAAACAAACAAGCUUUACCUAUAAGUGCUGCUGCAGUAAGAAACCUUACAAGUGCUGAAGAAACCUACUUCAAAUGUAAUGCUCACCAUAUUAGUCUGUGCUCUCCUACAAAUGUUGGAUGGGGGAAUUUACUUCAUUGCAGAUGCUAAUUUUUUACCUGAUUGCUAAACCUGUGCACUUUGGAUAUUUUUCUUUAGCUUCUUUAAUUCCUUAUGUAGAAGAGUUUAUAUAAAUGCAGUGGUUUGUGCUCAUAGUCUCUCUCCAAUUUGAAACUUAUGACUUAUGAAUUAUAUAUCAGCAUGUGGCAGAGAUUUUGGGGGGAGGGUCUAGAUUGUGAUUAGAAAUUAGUUUCAGCAAAAAGCAGAAGCUCUGCUAAACUAUGUGCUGUGCUUCAGCAUCUUUUUUUAUUAAAAUGUUAUGCUUUAUAUGUUUAAAUUACUGAUUUUUUUUUUUUUUUUUUUUUUUUACUGCCAUGUUCAUUAAGAAAUCCAGGGUAUUCAAAUUCUGGGGUUUUUUUCAUAUCGUAUUAUUAUUCUUAGGAAUAGUUCAAUGUAACAAGAAGAAAACUUGACUUUGCUCUGGUUAUAACAGUAAUAGGCACUUGAAAGAUAUUAAAUAAGUAGUAUUACAUAUAAAUUCCAGAAUUCCUGGGUUUUAGGAAGGUGAAGUAUUAUCGAUUAACAGAAUUUUAUACAACUAUACCAGUUAAAUUCCAAAUUGGAAUUGUUUUGUUACUUUUUCAUUUUAUUGUGCCAAAUUAUGGUACAUUUAGAAAGAAAAAUUCUAAAGUGGUCAGUGAUAGGGUGUUAUCUGUCAGCGCCUUCUGUCACUCAUUAUUGCCAGUAGUGCCUUUGAUCAUUUGAAGGGAGACUCUUAGAGUAGCAUAGGCUAAGUCCUGUCACUUAGGAAUAGAAUGGCUGGUUUAGAAUUUGUUAAAGAUGUGGAGCAAUAAGUGCAAAGUGAACUCCCAUUUCGCACAUUUUUAAUGGUAGGCUUACUAUAGAGUUUAUAUAUUCAAGAAAUUGUAAAAAAUUCUGUUAGUCAAUGAUAUUUCAUCAUGCACAUCCUUGCAAAUACAAGGGUAUAGACGGGAAAAGAAUCAAAAUCACAGCCUGAACAAACCUGACUACACUUUGGGAACCAAAUGGACUCAUGUUGAACAGAUGAGCAGUGUAUGACCACAUUUAUGGUAUCAGUCCGGGAAUGCGUCAGGAAUGUCGCUGUCUGUGGGUGGUGGGGGGCAGGAGCUACGGCGCUGUGUUCAGAUGUGAUCUCCUUUGCAUGUUUGUCUCUAAUUGUGAUUUCAGCAAACAGAAACAGAGAAGUGCAUCAACAAGCCAUGCCAGGUUUGGUGAGGCUAAUGUGGAUGAUUAAAUUGAUACUUGCUGGAGGGGAGCCCCCCCACUUCUCAAUAAAAGUACAAAUUGAACUAAUAUUGACAGUGCAGUAAAGAUUUCUGUUUGCUGGAAAAAACAUUAUUAUUCCUAGACGUGGGGACUUACACUUCCAUCUUCUGUUACAGUAUUGAUUCAUAAGAAAUAUUGUUGCAUUUAAAAUUACUACAUUUGUAUGUGGGUAUUUAUUUGAAAUUAUGUCUAAGUACUGUAUUAUGUUCUAUGUGCAUUACCUUUUAGUGGUGGGUUGGUCUCCAUUUAACGUCCUGUGCAUGUAUUCUUGCCAAGUAACCUUUACACAGAUCUGGAAAACAAAAAAGUUAAACUUCUGAAAAGAAUAACUGUGUGUUAAUUGGAUUACCUUAGGAGGAGGGGUGGAGGUCAAAACACUGCUUCCAGAUUAAUAAAAUAGCUGUUAAUCUAGGAAAGCAAUGUGCCUGUGUAAAGGUAAUCACAUUGGCAGGAGCAAUAAAAGAGAAAAAGGAA